AUGGAUUGGUAUCUGCCUCAUUUCCCCUAUCCGCCUGCAAAGGAUGGGUACUGGGAGCCUGUCACUUCCACCUUGAACUGGUGCGAAGAGGACUACUAUGCCACCGAAUACUCCGCUGAAAUCGUCAACACCCUCACAAAUCUGAUGUUCAUGUGGCUUGGGCUCAGGGGCAUCCUCAGCUGCAUUCGCAAUCAACAUGACCAGAUCUUCGUCGUCGCCCUGCUAGGCUACCUAGUAGUCGGAACAGGAAGCUUCCUCUUCCACUCAACAUUGAAAUACCCUAUGCAGCUAGUCGACGAGCUCUCCAUGAUAUACACGACCUGUCUAAUGGUCUACGCUUCAUUCUCCUACUCGCGCUCAGUGACCCUCCGGAUCUGGCUCGCCCUAUCUCUAACUGGCCUAGCCGUCUUCAUCACUCUAUACUACCACUACCUCCAAGACCCGGUCUUCCAUCAGAACGCCUAUGCCCUAUUAACGGUCAUCGUGGUAUUCCGGAGUAUGCACACCAUGGAAGUAACUCUGCGACCAAAGUGGCGCCAUUCAACCGAGGAAGACCGCCUAGAGCGUCAGAGGAAGGGUCUCCCUGUGCCAACCAAGGAGCGCCAGCACUACGAGAACGUGCGCGAUCUGAAGACCCUCAAAACCAUGUGGUUUAUGGUUACUUAUGGAUUGAUCAUGUUCCUGGGCGGGUUCUUUAUUUGGAAUUUGGAUAAUGUGUUCUGCUCUCAGGUCCGACAGCUGCGUCGCAAGGUUGGCUUGCCUUGGGGUCUUGUUUUGGAAGGCCAUGGUUGGUGGCACGUCAUGACUGGACUUGGCGCAUACCUCUAUAUCAUCUGGGGCAUCUGGCUCCGUCACUGCCUCAAUAACCGCCAGGACGAGUACCACCUGCGCUGGGCGCGCUUCUGGCAUAUCCCCGAAGUGGUCCGCACCGCUGACAAUGUCACCCAAGACAAAAAGUCAACCUGA